AUGGUAGUGCCUGUUGAUAAAGUAGAUCGUAUCCACCAUGAAUGGACUUUGCGGUUUUUCGGUCUGCUUGUGCUGGUCAACUUCUUCCGCCUAUUAGCAUACUAUGAAGUGUACUCAACGGACAAGCUGCGUCCGCAAGUGAAGGACGAUGUUAAAGUCACGAAAAUCCGCGUCCCUUCCCGGGAUAAGGGUCGCUAUAUUACCGCCUACGUGUAUGAGCCGGUAAAUAUGCCAGCAGGUCCUCGUCCUGUGAAUGUAAAUAUUCAUGGUUCUGGCUUUUGUAUAAAUGCGUUCUAUGGUAAUUCUCGUUGGUUUAACUACUGCGUCGCUUCAAAUUUACAGUGUUAUGUGAUUGAUUCUGACUAUCGCAAAGCACCCGAGUACCCCUUCCCAUUAGCUAUCUAUGACUGUCAGGACGUGAUUAACUGGGUCUUUACGCAGCACGAGAAAUUCGACUUGGACCGUGUCUCAAUGACAGGCUUUAGUGCAGGUGGCAACCUCGCUCUCGCGACUACAAACCACUUUGGGCCAGACAAGAUCAAAGCAGUUACGUCGUUCUAUGCGCCGCUGGACGGCUCGACGUCGAAUGCAUCCGUCGGAGACAGCGGCGUCGAAAAGGGUCCUUUCCGCAGCGGCAUUAUCAUGGACAAUUUUGUCUUUUCUGUGUUUUUUGCUGCCUAUGUUACAUUGCAGUGUGAUCCAGGCGACCCACGCAUCUCUGUGAUGAAUCUUCCUCUUGAGCGGCUCCCAGACCAUAUCCUAUUUGUUGCUGGCGAUGCCGACACCCUGUACCCAGAAUCGGUGAGAUUCUACCAGCACGUCAUGAAGAAUGGGCGCUUUUCUCAGCAACGCCAUUGUCGCUUUCUGAGCGUGCCGAACGAGGCGCAUGCUUUUGACGAGCAGCCAAAAUGCCCAGAAUCUGUCGCAUGGCGUGACAAAGCAUUUGCACAAACCAUCGAUCUGAUUCGCUCGUCAUGGACCUUAGACGCCUUAUCGUCCGUUCAUUCGCCACGCAAGAUGCACUCGUCGAAAGAGAGUCCAAGUAUUGACGGGACGGCUAGUGAUGAUCUCAGCAAUCCAGCGAACCAAACCAUCACCACCAUGUCUCAGCCCCGCGGCCCAGAUGGCGAAUUGAUUCCUGCGCCUUCAAUCCGAAUGUAG